AUGCGCCCUUCCUCCUCUUCCUUCCUUCAAGCACCGUACCAACGCACGUCCUCCUUCCAGCACCGUGCCAACGCACGUCCUCCUCCUCCUGCAAGAUGUAUGCGCCAACUCGCUUCCUCCUCCUCCUCCUACUGCAAGACGUACGCGCCAACUCGCUUCCUCCUCCUCUUUCUGCAAGAUUUACGCGCCAACUCGCUUCCUUGCGCCAACUCGCGUCCUUGCGCCAACUCGCUUCCUCCUCUUCCUCCUUCCUCAAGUGCCGCGCCAACUCGCUUCCUCUUCCUCCUUCCUCAAGCCCUGCGCCAACUCGCUUCCUCGCGCCAACUCGCGCCCUUCCUCCUUCGCCAAGCACCGCGCCAACUCGCUUCCUCUCCUUCCUCCUUCAAACACCACGCCAACGCGUGUCCUUCAUCCUUCCCGCAAGUCCUAUGCGCCAACUCGCUUCCUCUUUAUUCAAGCACCACGCCCUCCUGUGACAACUUUGCGCCAACGCGCCCCUCUAACCUCGCUUACACCGCACCACCGCACCGACUUCCAAGUAAUAACAAUGUCUCGAAGGUCCUUCUUCCUAUGGAAGACACACCUCCCGUCGCACGCGACGGCUUCGUUUCACAUCAAGGUUCACUCCGAGAGGCGCAGAUGCGCCGCCCCCCUUUGCGGCUCCACAAGAACCUCGCACCAAGGCGCCUAUAUCACCCUCGCCCGUCUUGCAACAAACCCAACGCCAGCGCGACCCUCACUUGCCAUCCUCAAGCUCCCGCGCGCGGUAGCGCCCUUCCGACUCGCGCGCAGGACCUCACGUGA